AUAUUUACCCUGACCCCCUUCACGAGAAGAAGGCACGUGGGAAAUUGUAAGUUUCGACUCUUCACAGGAGCCUUAAGACAUUAGGUCGGGAAGAAGGAGCCAAGAACAGGAGAGACAACAGAACACAACACACACAGGUUGCUUGUAACAAAGUCUGUCGAACUUUGAAAACACUCUUCCAACGCUGAAAUGAUGUCCCAGCGCAGUGCUCUGAACAGCAUGUUCGCCGAUGACCCGUUCUUCAGCCAGGAACGGCUGCUGUGGCCGAUGCAUAACGGAGCCCUUUCCUCACUGCAGCAGGACUUCUUCAACCGGAGAACCAAGCUGGCCGACAGCCUUUUGAAGGAGCUCCACGAUGGGCACCCCCUGCUCAGACUAAACAAGCUGCCCUUCCUUUCCUCCACUUUGGCGGGGCUGACUGAUGGAAACGAGCAGCAGCUAGAGACUCCCAGCACGGAGCUGCAAAAGCAAGUACAGAAGCCUACAGAAAAUAACAGUGACCUCCUGGUCACACUGGAUGCACGAGGUUACGCUCCCAGUGACAUCACUGUCAAGCUGGAGGGGCGGAGGCUAGCGGUGGUGGCCAUGAAGCAAGCUGGGUCAGAGGACAGCCAGACCUGCUCCUCCUCCUCUUCCUGCGCCGCCUUCUCCUCCUCGGCCUCAUCUCAGCUGGGGUUCGUCCAGAAGAUCGACCUGCCCGCUCACCUGGAUCUAUCCGGCCUAUCCUGUUCCCUGAUGGGUGAUGGACAGUUGCGAAUCCAAGCCCCUGUGGCCAAGCAGCCAAUCAGCGAGGAGGAUCAGGUGCCCCUUCGGUUCAGGGCAUCACUGGAGUUUCCCAUUACAAAGGACAAGACAGAGGAGGACUAAUGCACAGUGUGACUGAAAAUACUUAAUGAGGGUAUAUGCUGUUGUACCCACACACAAACAGACACACUUCUACUAAAAGACUGUCUUUGAGUAAAGUUUACAAAUCAGGAAGGAAUUUAUUUUGUAAUUAUCUGCAAUUUGUAUGAAUUGUUGAUGGAUAAAGUUUUUGAUUUUCAGAAAAUGUU